GAGGCGGCGGCGGCGGCGCUUGAUGGUUGACCGUUUGCUCCAGGGUAGGGGUCGCCGCGCGCGCUCGCUUGUGUCCGCUCACACCCAACCGGAGGGGUGUGGACUGCUGACGUUCGGCCUGGAACCCACCGGGGAGACCGAGUUCCGCUCCGCCAUGCCAGCCGGGAAUCACUCGGACGGCGUCCUCAGCUGUCAGAGACCAGAUGAAGAAGCUGUAGUGGAUCAGGGUGGGACCAGUACUGUUCUCAACAUUCACUAUGAAAAAGAAGAGUUGGAAGGUCAUAGGACUCUGUAUGUGGGGGUUCGGAUGCCUCUGGGCCGGCAGAGCCAUCGGCACCACCGCACCCAUGGCCAGAAGCACCGGAGGCGAGGACGGGGCAAAGGGGCCAGCCAGGGAGAAGAGGGCUUGGAAGCACUGGCCCAUGACACACCUUCUCAGCGUGUUCAGUUCAUUCUUGGCACCGAGGAAGAUGAAGAGCAUGUACCUCAUGAGCUGUUCACAGAGCUGGAUGAGAUCUGUAUGAAAGAGGGAGAGGAUGCUGAGUGGAAGGAGACAGCUAGGUGGCUGAAGUUUGAAGAGGAUGUUGAGGAUGGCGGGGAGCGCUGGAGCAAGCCUUAUGUGGCAACUCUUUCACUGCAUAGCCUCUUUGAGCUGAGGAGCUGCCUUAUUAAUGGAACUGUCCUUCUGGAUAUGCGUGCAAAUAGCAUUGAAGAAAUUUCAGACCUGAUACUGGACCAGCAAGAACUGUUCAGUGACCUGAAUGACAGCAUGAGGGUCAAAGUACGGGAAGCUCUUCUCAAAAAGCAUCAUCAUCAGAAUGAAAAGAAGAGAAAUAACCUCAUUCCUAUUGUUCGCUCCUUUGCUGAGGUUGGCAAGAAGCAAUCGGACCCACACUCAAUGGAUAAAAAUGGUCAAACUGUGUCUCCCCAGUCUGUUCCAACUACAAAUCUUGAAGUGAAAAAUGGAGUGAAUUGUGAGCAUAGUCCUGUGGACUUAAGCAAGGUGGAUCUUCAUUUCAUGAAAAAAAUUCCCACUGGGGCGGAGGCCUCCAACGUCCUGGUUGGAGAGGUGGAUACCUUAGACAGACCCAUCGUGGCCUUUGUGAGGCUAUCUCCAGCUGUGCUUCUCUCAGGACUCACUGAAGUGCCCAUCCCAACAAGAUUUUUGUUUAUCUUACUGGGUCCAGUAGGUAAAGGCCAGCAGUACCACGAGAUCGGCAGAUCCAUGGCCACCAUCAUGACAGAUGAGAUUUUUCAUGAUGUGGCGUAUAAAGCAAAAGAGCGAGAUGAUCUCCUGGCGGGGAUUGAUGAGUUCUUAGACCAGGUGACAGUGCUCCCUCCAGGAGAGUGGGACCCCUCCAUUAGAAUCGAGCCACCCAAAAAUGUCCCUUCCCAGGAGAAAAGGAAAAUGCCUGGAGUUCCAAACGGAAAUGUUUGCCACAUCGAACCAGAACCACAUGGGGGUCAUAGUGGGCCAGAGCUCCAGCGCACUGGGCGGCUGUUUGGGGGCUUGGUGCUGGACAUCAAGCGGAAGGCCCCCUGGUACUGGAGUGACUACCGGGAUGCACUCAGCUUACAGUGUCUGGCCUCCUUUCUGUUCCUGUACUGUGCCUGCAUGUCACCUGUCAUCACCUUUGGGGGAUUGCUUGGAGAAGCUACUGAGGGACACAUAAGUACAAUUGAAUCCUUAUUUGGAGCCUCCAUGACUGGGAUUGCCUAUUCCUUGUUUGCGGGACAGCCUCUCACCAUCCUGGGAAGUACUGGGCCAGUGCUUGUGUUUGAAAAGAUUUUGUUCAAAUUCUGCACAGACUACACACUCUCAUACCUCUCUCUGCGAGCCUGCAUUGGACUCUGGACUGCCUUCCUGUGUAUUGUCCUUGUGGCAACAGAUGCUAGUUCCCUUGUCUGCUACAUUACCCGAUUCACUGAGGAAGCAUUUGCUUCCCUGAUUUGCAUUAUCUUCAUCUACGAAGCAAUAGAAAAGCUGAUUCACCUGGCAGAGACCUACCCUAUCCACAUGCACAGCCAGCUGGAUUACCUUAGCCUCUAUUAUUGCCGGUGUACUCUUCCAGAGAAUCCCAGCAAUCAUACCCUACAGUACUGGAAGGACCACAACAUUGUGACAGCACAAGUGCAGUGGGCGAAUCUGACCUCCAGUGAAUGCCAGAAGAUGCACGGAGAGUUCAUGGGAUCUGCAUGUGGUCAUCAUGGACCCUACACUCCCGAUGUGCUCUUUUGGUCCUGUAUUCUCUUCUUCACCACCUUCAUCCUCUCAAGCACCUUAAAGACAUUUAAGACGAGCCGUUAUUUUCCAACCAGAGUUCGCUCCACAGUGAGUGACUUUGCUGUCUUCCUCACUAUCUUCACAAUGGUGAUUGUUGAUUUUUUGAUUGGCGUUCCAUCACCAAAGCUUCAGGUUCCCAGUGUGUUCAAGCCAACAAGGGAUGAUCGAGGAUGGAUUAUUAGUCCCAUCGGCCCCAAUCCCUGGUGGACUGUGAUAGCUGCAAUUAUUCCAGCUCUCCUCUGUACUAUCUUGAUAUUCAUGGACCAACAAAUUACAGCUGUCAUCAUUAACAGGAAGGAACACAAGCUGAAGAAAGGCUGUGGCUACCACCUAGACCUGCUAAUGGUGGGCAUUAUGCUAGGUGUCUGCUCCAUUAUGGGCCUGCCUUGGUUUGUGGCUGCAACUGUCCUGUCCAUCACACAUGUGAACAGCCUCAAGCUGGAAUCGGAGUGUGCUGCCCCUGGAGAGCAGCCCAAGUUCUUGGGCAUCCGAGAGCAGAGAGUGACAGGCCUUAUGAUCUUUGUGCUGAUGGGCUGCUCCGUCUUCAUGACAGCUGUUUUAAAGUUUAUUCCGAUGCCAGUACUCUAUGGAGUUUUUCUUUAUAUGGGAGUUUCUUCACUACAAGGAAUUCAGUUCUUUGAUCGCCUGAAGCUUUUUGGGAUGCCGGCAAAGCACCAGCCAGACUUUAUCUAUCUGCGACAUGUGCCACUGCGCAAAGUACACCUCUUCACGCUCAUCCAGCUGACCUGCCUUGUCCUACUCUGGGCCAUCAAAGCAUCACCAGCUGCUAUAGUUUUCCCAAUGAUGGUCCUGGCCUUGGUCUUUGUUAGAAAAGUCAUGGAUCUCUGCUUCUCUAAGCGAGAACUGAGCUGGUUAGAUGAUCUCAUGCCUGAAAGCAAAAAGAAGAAGUUGGAUGAUGCCAAAAAGAAGGCCAAGGAGGAAGAGGAGGCUGAGAAAAUGUUAGAGAUAGGGGGUGACAAGUUCCCCCUAGAAAGCAGGAAGUUACUAAAUAGUCCUGGAAAGAACAGCAGUUUCAGAUGUGACCCCUCUGAGAUUAAUAUAUCUGAUGAAAUGCCUAAAACCACAGUCUGGAAAGCUCUCAGUAUGAAUUCUGGAAAUACAAAGGAAAAAAGUCUCUUCAACUAAGAGUCAUUGCUGAGAUGGAAUAUUUGGGCCAUGAAAUGCCUCAGGGAAGUUCUGGUUACAGAGAAAAUGGUGAGUCUCUCCGAGAAGAAGCAAGACCAUGUCUGGCUCCAUCCUUAGUCAUCUCAAAGCCAUGCUGAAACAUUCAGUUACUUUUGAUGUGCGUUGCGGGCAUCCAGCUGUCCCUAGACCAGCAGCCAGCCACCAGAUGUGAACGUGAGAGCAGAAGACCACUCCUGUUGGGGGCUUCUCCUCUUCCUUCUUUCUCUUCAGAACUGCCAUCAUUAAAGACCCAGCUUCCCAUUUGCAGACAUUUUCUCUGAAACUCUCUGCUGGCCAGCUGAGCCACGUGGAUUCACUGUGCCACUGAAGAUUCCUUCAUGAGGUCCUUCUUCCGAACGGGUGGAGGGGGAGCAGCAAGAGAACAAAGAGGAAGGGAGGCACCCACGCCUGUUGGGAUCUGCAAGCUCCCAGGCAAUAUAGGCCUCAGUUUAUUUCCCAGCCUGGAUGGAAGGUGCUGGGUAGAUCCAGGGGCAGUCAGGAUGACCACCUGCAGGGUCAGCCACCUGGACAUUGGCAGUGCCCGCCACAGCCAGGAAGAUGCCUCUGACCUGGGUGGGUCAUUGAUUAUCAUUCCCUAGCAGCAAUCCACACAACUCAGUGAGACCCUUGGUGGACACAGUGCCAAGGGGAUAUUGGAGUGUUUAGCUUAUUUAAGAAGGGGCCUCAGGGGAAAAUCAGUAAUGAUAAGUGGGAAUAAACAUCUUCUCUUGGGUCUUACUGAGGACAAAGUAAGAGAAUGUGCCUAAAUUGCUACAGAAGGAACUAGUUUAGAUACUGAGGACUUCCUAACCUGAACGUUUGUCAUAGUGUCUAGGAAAGGUUUGACAGUUCUUUGUGUGUAGAAAGGAUAUAGUGUUUUUAUUGGCCAUCUUGUGAGACUCUGCUGUCUUGCGGCUGUCUCUUUGAGGAUCCAUUCUGAUUCCGUCCUGGAGACAUCUAAGUGCUUAUGUAUUGUCUCUUUAGCUGCCUUAUUAGUGACCAUUGCCAACUAAUGGACCAAAACCACCUUCAGCCAUGUGGUGUCUUCAUAAUCAUGCAUUUCUUUUGGCUGAUCAAAGUUCUGGCUCUCGAAUGUAAACAAGCCACACUGGGAAAUUAACUAGAAGUGGCCAAAUCAGCUUAAGCAUUUAGUUUAAAAUGACAUUUAUGGUUUUUCUCUUUUGCUUUUAUAGUGCAAUGAAUGUCAAGGGCUUGGGCUCCAGUUCCUGUAGACCUUCUCUUCUUUUGUGCACAAAUGUUGACUAGCAAGGUCAUUAGCACACAGAGAAUCCAGCCAUAUAGAUCACUUUUCCAUCCUGGAAAAAUCUUGGUUCCGUUGGAAGAUCACCAACAUUAUUGAGUUUGGCAUUCCUUAUACUCUUAAAGCAUAAUAAUGUAUUCUAGUCUUUCUCUGAAGACCUUUGAUGUUGAAGGAUUCUUGCAUUUCCCCCCAUAUUUUCUUAUCUCUUCAGGCUACAGUUAUUUUAAUGCGGAGAUGAUUUGCAAGAUAUUUUACAAUUGGUACAGGACAAACACCAACCGCUCUUAGUGGGGGGCCUGCUCUACACAGCAUUAUGCAUUGUUGUCCCAGUGUUUAUUGGCUCCAGCCAAUAAAAUAUUCAUAUUUGAAAGCCAAUGCUUUCAGAUAUUUGGAAUGAUGUCCUGUGAAUUGCAGGUGUUGGUCCUGACUUGUCUUAUUGCUAUUCACAUGGCCUUUUUUUUUUUUUUUUUUUUUAAGACUGUAUGGCUUUCUUUUACAUGGAAUAGACAGAAUCAGGUUUCUUUGAACUAUAGGAGCAUUAAAAACUUGGUGAGCUGAAGCUUCACAUUUCAUCACCUUAGGGCAAAUCUAGCAAUUAUACCUCUUUAGAGACCUCAUUUGGAAAAAAGUUUUUGUUGUUGUUUUAAUCAGCCUGUCAAUGGGAAAGCUUUUCUAUUGACUUUUGGCUGUCUCUGUGGCUACAUUCUUGAGCUUGCUUCUUUUUAGUUUUUUGUGUGUUUGGUUCCCCAAGAAUAUGUUCCUUUUUGUUCCAUCUUGCUUCUCCCAUACUUUCCCAGCCACCCUAUACGUAGGGAGGUUGGUGAGUAGUUUAUCUGUUGAGGCUGUAACAGAGAAGAACCCAACUGGAAGGAAGUGAAAAAUGUCUCUCCUCAUACACUGAUGUCUUGUGCUUCAUGUGUACACUCAGCAGCCUCCCUUAACCGUGCAGUGCAGUCCAAGGAGCCUAUGGACACUUCUACUCCCUUCCCAGCCACACUCUCCCAGGUCAUUGCACCUGAUGACCCUCGGCCACUUUGGAAGCUGUGCCCAUUUCCUUGAGGCCAUUAGAUUUUUUUUUCUGAAACAACAGCCAGCCUCCUGUCUGCUGCAUCGAAUGGUGGCUGCAUCUCAACAUUCCAUACUGUCCCUGCCUCCUCUUCCCAGCGCCCAGCAAACAGUCACCCCAGCCCCGGCUGCUUCCUUGCUUUCUGUGGCUGGUGACCAUGGUAGCAGAGUGAAACUAGAAGUAACUAAUUAAGAAACUGGGAGUGGAGGUGAACUAUUAACAGCAGUAUAUAUGCACGUGUAUGAACAAACUGGUGAGAAUACAGCCACAAGCUUUUACUAUUGUUGUUAAGCUUCUUGUACUUACCUGUGGGAACAUAAAAAAUGUCCUCUUCCCAUCUAGAGGAUUCCAUCACAACAGUACAGCUUGAGGAUAGAUGCAGGCAGAUAAAUCAAUGGAAAAGGUAUUGAAGCUCAACACAGAAGAGCUGGUUUAGGAAAGAAAUUGGUGGGUAGUUUUCAUCCCAGGGUAGCUUAGCCAGAGAAUUGGUUAACCUCUUUCAUGACAAGGGGAGCUCUUAGACACAGCUUGGAUGUUGGCAAGCCAGUACCCUGACAGGCUAGUCUUGUCAACCUCGGGAGGGAGGCUAGGGAUUUAAAGAAAUGAUGGUAAGUAGAACUUUGGUUCUAAAGGGAAACAGAUCUGAAGUUGCUCCGAAAGCAAUUGCUUCCUGAUCAUGACUGUUAGAGGAAAGUUGAUCUAGAGAAAAAGUGAAGACCAGAGGAAGAUACUGUGAAACUGUCAACUGCGUUUGGCUAUAUAACAUGCUUCAUCGUUAAAAAUGAUUUCCAACUUCUGAUGGGUUGCCAGGAUAUCCCUGUCCCUAUCUCCCUACUUGUAAAAGCUUGCCUUCGGGGUAGAGGGAAAAGGAACUAUGUUUUCUCAA